AAAUGAAUCAUCGGUCCGGGUACAUGCUGCUGGUGCUUCAAAAAGAAGAAUAAGGAUCCAGUAAGUUACGGUUCAAGACAGGACACCGUUUCUUAUUUGGAGACCGUUCCUCCAGUAUUUAUGCCAAUACACCAGCGAGGCAGAGACGCAAAAGCAGCGCUGUUCUCUGAAAAGAGAGGCUGCAAUUUGUGUCAACACUAUUCUUGCUCUUCCGCAGAAAAUUGUACCACUUGCAGAAACUAUCAGAAUCAUAGUAACAUAUGAUUCUACAUCAUCUGAUGGCCAGGAAUUUAUUUGUAGUUAGUUUGUUGAUUCUUUCGCUUGUCUUUAACUCAUGCACAGCUCACUCAUGGAGGAACAAUAGUUCUCUGGAUGAUGUUGGUCCACGUUGUGAACCUUCUUCCCAUCCGUUUGGUCUGUGCAAGACAAGAGCAGCAGCUUUUGGCUAUCCAUGUGAAGAUCACAUGGUCACAACAGAAGAUGGUUAUAUUCUUAGCCUAAAGAGGAUUCCUCAUGGUGUUUCUAACUCGACCCAGAAUACAACGAGGAUACCAGUACUACUAUUCCACGGGCUCAUGGUGGAUAGCGUUUCUUGGGUACUGGGUACGCCAAAACAAUCACUUGGAUUUAUUUUGGCAGAUGGUGGGUUUGAUGUUUGGUUUGCCAACACCCGUGGAACUAAUUCCAGUCGGAACCAUACCUCGCUCACCCCAGAUGAUCCGGAGUACUGGAAUUGGACGUGGGACCAACUUGCUGCCUAUGAUCUUCCUGCCGUGCUUCAGCAUGUCUAUGAUCACACAGGAGGCCAGAAAGUCCACUAUAUCGGUCACUCCCUGGGAACCUUGAUUAUUCUUGCAGCCUUCUCAGAGCACAGGUUACUUCAUUUAGUUCGAUCGGCUGUGUUGCUCUGCCCAAUUGCUUAUCUGUAUAAGACAAAAUCAAAACUCACCCGGCUUGCUACUCAAAUCCUCCUUGCAGAAGCAUUUCACUUUCUAGGAUAUCGUGAGUUCAAUCCUGUUGGGCCAGUUUCACAUGAAAUUCUGCUCAUAAUAUGCGGUGACCCUGAAAUCGACUGCUACGACCUAUUUACGGCUGUUAUGGGACCGGACUGCUGCCUCAAUGCUUCAACUGUAUGUAACUUCCUGCAGCAUGCUACACAGUCCACCUCUAUCAAGAACCUUAUUCACAUGUCGCAGAUGAUCAGGUACGAAGGGGUCAGAAGGUAUGACUAUGGCAACGCCAAGGAAAACAUGAAGCAUUAUAGCCAGCCAAGCCCCCCGCUGUACAACCUCUCAUCCAUCCCCACCCAUGUCCCCAUGUUCCUCACCCAUGGCGGCCAAGACUUCCUCGGCGAUGUCCCUGACACCAGGCACCUCCUGAAGACUCUUGUCAGAACCCAUGACAGCGACAACAUGGAGGUACUGUACGUGCCCGACUACGCCCACGCUGAUUUCGUGAUAGGAUAUAAUGCUCCGCAACUCGUAUAUGGGCCGAUGGUCGACUUCCUUCAGCGCCACUGAGAGAGUCGCCACUUCAGGUCUCUCUCCGAGCAGGCCUUCAGCAGUAACUUCCUAUCAGCCUAUGCAACCAACCAAAACUUCAACCACAUAUUACUUGUCCGUGUAUAUGGCUUGUGUAUGGUCUUAGCAUAUGUCUGCUCAUCAGAGUGAGUAGAUGCCAGUUUGAUCAUGCUAGAGAGUGGACUACUCUGUCAGAUGUUCAGUUUCAUGUAUCCAGUUUACCCGUUCUGUCGAAUCCCACGUUAUCACUUUAUUUAGAAGUCUCAGAUUCUGGACCCAUUAUGCACCUACUACAUCAGCGUGUUUUCUUUUGUCGACUGGAUAAUCUUCAUGGUUCACUGUGGUCUA